AUGGCAUUAUCGAGAAACGAACAGCAUAGUCUCACAGAUAGCCAGUUCCGUGACCAUACUCUUAUCCACCAAGGAAAUAUCGAAGGAAAUUUUGCCGUUAAUUACAGUCUACCCCACCAGCCGGCACAUUCCGCAACCAUCCGCGUCAUCCCGUAUCCCCGCAAUGAGGAUCUGAUCCGACGCAGGGAUCUCAUUGAGAGACUUAACGGCCUCCUACCAUCAAUAGGAUCUGGUAGUGCAGCAUUGUGGGGACUAGGGGGAUCAGGCAAGACACAAAUUGCUUUAGACUACGCCUAUCAGCGUUGCAUCGCAGAUGAAGAGUUGUGUGUCUUCUGGGUGCAUGCAGAGAACGAAGCCAGUUUUACCUCAGACUACGAGACAAUCGGAAAAGAGCUUGGAGUUGACAAGGGACUCCACGGCUCUGGCCUGCUUGAAGCAGUUCGGAGAAAGAUCGAAUCGAGAUCGAGAUGGCUGUUGGUCAUUGACAAUGCUGAUGACCUAGGGCUGUUUGGAGUUGGACAGUCAGCUACAGAGAAUAACCUCUAUAAGUAUAUCCCAUGCACAUUGCAGGGUACUGUGCUAUGGACAAGCCGAGACGAACAUAUUGUCGGAACACUUGUAGGAGCACUUCGCGGUCUUCCAGUGCAACCUAUGGAUAUGGAAGAGGCCACAGCACUUCUAACAGUGGCGAGAGGUAGAGAAUCAACCCUGACAGAGCCAAAAGUGGAUGACCUUGUAACUGAGCUCGAAUGUCUUCCACUUGCCGUUUCUCAAGCGGGUAGAUUCAUGCGACGGCUAUCGAUGUCAGCUGAGACGUACCUGGAUCAACUGAAACAGAGAACGACACGGUUGGAACUACUCAAUAUAAGCGACACAGACCGAUAUCGACGACCAGAGGCCUCAAACAGCAUCCUGGAAACGUGGAGGAUUUCGACUGACCGGAUCUGGGCAGAGAGCAAGAUGUCAUACUACAUAUUGCAUGUGGUAGCUUAUUUGGACUAUCAAAACAUUCCUGAAGAGUUGAUGGCUGCAGCUGCAAAAUUAGUAUCAGCUGCCGACAACUGGCGUUCUGCUCAGCCCACGGAACUCGAGAUUCUAUCAUCCAUUGCUCGAUUGAGGGAGCUUUCGUUUAUCAGUCUCCGUAACUCAGGGGAUACAAAACCGAGCUACGAGAUGCACAAGCUUGGCGGAAAACAAGCUGAAAAGGCUCAGAAGGGGCGAAGUAUACUAUUCCCGCUUGGCCCUUCAGCUUAUUUGAAUCUCUUUCCGGCACCAGGAGCAGAUUCAUGGGCGCAGUGUGAACAGUUUGUAACACAUGCAAUACGAGUAAGUGAGUGGGCGGAGAUAAGCAAAACAGAGACUAAGACAGCGGAUCUACUUUACUAUGUAGCAGUCUUUCUCGACCAGCGAGGACGAUGGGGAGAACUAGAGCCGGUAGUGACCCAUUCUAUCCGUCUUCGACAGAAUUCGCUCGGGUUGGAGCACCCAGAUACAAUCUGGAUGAAGCAAUUCCUUGUGGAGGUGAUCAGGAGACAGGAUCUUGACAAGGCGGAGUUUGUUCAGCAAGAAGUACUGGAACUGCGACAGAGAGUGCUUGUUGCGAGCCACCCAGAUGUCCUGCAUAGCAAGUCCAGUCUCGCUGGCAUCUACUGCCGGCAGGGCCGAAACACUGAGGCCCAACACAUUCUACAAGAUGUACUGAAAGUCCAACAAGACACUCUCGGCCCGAAGGACGAAAGAACUAUUAAAAGCAUGUCAAGGCUUGCUCAUGCAUACUUCAACCAGGGGCUAUACAAAGAAGCUGAGAAAACUGACCAAGAAGUAUUAGAACUUCGUCGAGAGAUUCUUGGGGAGAGGCAUGCCAACUUGGACCCUGCGAGCGACUCAUGA